GUGGGAGACGAGACGACUGAAUGUGUCCACUCUGCACCUGUUUUUGUGUUUUUAUUUUCAUAAUAAUGAAAUGUAUGGACAGAAUUUGGAGCAGAAGCACAACUGAAUAAAGGGUGUGAACACAUGAAUGCCACAUCCACAAUGGAAAACCUAACCCUGGCCUCCAACCAUUCAGAAUGCUACACGAUUGACAGCGAAUACAGGAGGAGGCCAUUUCUGUUUUUCUACCUGGCUAUCAUCGUCACUGCCAUCCCAUCCAACGCCUUCUCCCUCUACGUGUCCUGGCAGCACAUCAGACAGAAGAACGAGCUCGGUGUGUAUCUGUUCAACUUGGCCCUGAGUGACCUGACCUUCACUAUCGGCCUUUCGCUGUGGCUGGACUUCCUGUGGAAAGGAGUUUGGGCUCACGGAGGCUACGUGUGUGUGCUGUCUGUCUACUUUCUCUUCACUAACUUCUACACCAGCGAUGCUCUCCUCUGCUGCAUUGCUGUCGACCGCUACCUGGCAGUGGUUCACCCAUUAAAGUAUACUUUCUUGAGGAAAGUUAGCACUGCAGCAGCAGUCAGUGUUGCUAUUUGGGUGUUGGUGGUCUGUUUCAACGUCUUCACUAUCACCUGGGAGGACUCAUACCAUGAGAACAACAAGUUUUCAGUGUGCUUCGAUGUCUUCCUCCCGCAGUCAGAGAGCCUGGCUCGGGCUAAUGUAGCGCGCUUCAUCCUGGGCUUCAUUCUCCCCGUUCUCCUGGUGAUGUUUACCACCUGGGGGAUCUGUAAGGCGGUGAAAUCCAAUCAGGCCACAGAGGAACAGGAACGUAAGCGGAUUUCAAAGCUGCUGACGGUAGUUCUGCUCUGCCUUGUGCUCUGCUUUGGACCUAUCCAUGUUAUGAUGCUACUCCGCACACUAGUGGAAGACUGCAGGAAAGUUGCAUGGCUCCAUUAUCCGUUCAAGUUCAGCAUAGCUGUCUCAACCCUUAACUGCCUUGCAGACCCUCUCCUCUACUGCUUCAUUACUAGAACAGGGAAAGCGAAUGUCAAUCAGGUUGUUCUCUUCUUCCAGGUAAAGAAGAAGAGCAAAGAUGAAGAUGUGGUGUAGGUAAAAUAAAGUAUAGGACUUAAUGUAACUCCCUUGUGGUUAACCCAACAGUUAGACAUUAAACAGUAGGAUAUGACCCAGAAGAUAACAACUCAGUUAUAGAUACUGCUUCAACAACCCAAUCUCACUCCGAAGUCGUCAAAAUCCAGGGUUUGGACAGUGACUUGCGGUGUCAGACAUUGACGAAAAAGCCAUCCUUUAACGUCAGCAUGAUGCUCGGCCGGUAGCUGUUACAGUUUAAUGGUACUUGGCAGCAUCAGGGGGAAACGUAACGGGACAACAACGAAAGUUAAGGAAACAAAAGUCUGAGUGGGGUGGGCGGAUGGGUCCAACAAACACAGACUUUCACCCGGGAGAGUGGUGUUUGUGUCCCAUAGGAUUACAAAGCCAAGCCCUGUUCUUUUUUCCUGAACCCAACCAUGUACGUUCGUUGUUGAAGGGAAAAAAUAAUAAUUUGCGGUGUUUUACCGCCGUCGUGCCUUUAUUUUGAAAGAGACUGUACGUAAAUGGUUCAUUUCCUGUGUAAACGAAAGUGUAUUUUGAAAGAAGACAAUGCAUGUAACAACAUAACUUGACAUGGCGUCCCAGAACGUCAACCUCCAACGCACCCAGGGUACUUUUUACUUUGUAUCUGGAGGUGGAAAGUCCAUGACCAAAUGUCAAUAUGAGACAAGGUCGCAGUGAGAAUGUAUUGGCUUCAAAUGUGAGGUAAUUCUCAUUGAGCAAAAGUUUUUGUUAUUGUCAUCAAAUGUCAUUAAAGGUCCAAAACCAGCAAUCUGUUAGUCUGUCUAAAAACUUUCUGAUACCUUGUCUCUAAUACUUUGACUCAACCCC